UUCGUGAAUUUUUUGCCAUUGUUGUUGUUAUUUUGUCACAUCCUUUGUCUCUCCCCACAGGGUCGUCUUCAUGGAGGGGGGAGUCAUGUCAGGAUGCAAAAGCCCAGCAUUCACCUAGCUGACCUGUUCACAUCCUGCCAGAGCAAUGGGGGAGGGAGAUAGCCUGAAUGAUAAGAACCAUUUGGCUAGGAGGAUUGAUUUAUGGCCUGCUCUGGUUUUCAAGCAUGGGAAGGAACUAUUUGACAGAGAGGUGUGAAUGUGGAAAGGGGGGCCCAUGGGGGAAGGAGUAGAUUGAUAUACUGGAGGGUUGGCGGGAAAGAGUUAGUGCUAGCUUUGUGUUCAUAUUGAUUAAAUAUACAUAGAUCUAACAUGAGAAGGGGUCCUUGUUGUUGUUAGUUCUUUUGCAAGCUGGUCACGACUUAACCCCUUUCUACCCUAGAACACCAGUUUGAAAUAAUAUUGUGAAUUAGUUUUGCCCAAACAAGGUACUUCAAUUAUCUUGUCCUGAACAUUUUUCUUAAAGAUGUUGACAGAUGGGCAAGUGUGGCUUUCCUUUUAAAACAUUUCAGUGAUUGAAAUUUAGUAUGAAGCAAAUUCCAAGGAUUAUAGUCAAAAUUUGAUUUCAUUUGAAUCAUAAUCAAAACCAUCCAUAUCAGGAAUUUACUAGACAAAUCUUCUAAUUAAGAAUGAGGAAGUGAUCUCAAAAUAUUUCAUUGCUUUCCAUGGAUUUGCAUUGUUUCCCAUAAUAUGUUAUAGCUGUUUUAAGAAGCUCCAAAUAACAGGGUUUCCUCUGCUAGAUGCAUGAGAAAAACCAGACAAAUUACACAGAGAUACAUCCUUUUAGACCUUUUCUUUUUUCUAGAAAAUGACAACAAUGGUUAGCAAUUCAACUUCUCUACUUGAUAUCCUUAAAUCGACCUAUCUGGGAAUAGUAUCUGUGUUUACUCUUUUAGAAAAUGGAUUCAUCAUAGUUGUAUUGGGAUAUCAAGGACUUCAGAAGAGAAAUAUAUUGCCUCAUGAUAUCCUCUUGAUAGGUUUGAGCGCCUCCAGACUAAUGUCGCAGAUGCUGAGUUCCACAAGCUAUCUUCUGUAUUUCAAGAAAGACAUGGGUAUUUUUAAACAGGAUGUUGUAUUUAUUUCCUGGAACUUUUUCAACAUGACUAGCAUGUGGUCUGCAACCUGGCUUAGUGUUUUAUACUGUGUGAAGGUCACUAACAUUGCCAACUGCCUCUUCCUCUGGCUGAAGCCAAGGAUCAACAUGCUUGUACUCAGGCUGCUUGCGAUGUCAGUAGUCAUUUCCAGUAUCUUCUUUGUUCCUUCAGUCCUUGAAUACUUUCAACAGAAAAAGUGGGACAAUCUGACUAGAAACUCACCCGUGAGUGCCAAUCAAAGUGAGGGUUAUAAUAACGAAUUCAUUAACCUUGAUGUGCAACUCUUUUAUGUUUCCAUAACUUUCUGCAUAAGUAUAAUUGCAUCCACGCUUUUGCUUGUCUCAUUGUGUAAGCAGAUUAGGAAUCUGAAGAAGAGUGGCCUAGGUGGCAAAGAUCUCAACACUCAGGUCCACAGGGAUGUCAUUACACUGUUGCUGUCUUACAUCUUCUUCUAUAUUGUACAUUUCACUGGUUUCAUAAUUUUGAAAAAUGAUGUUUCUAGGCAUCGAAGUCUUGAAAUGUUAGUUAUUCAGAUUCUGACAAUUUCAUUUCCUUGUGUACACAGCAUUAUGUUAAUAUUGACUAAUCCCAAAGUAAAAGAAAUGGCUGGUCAUAUUCUGAAUAUUACACAAAGAGCUUCUUAACGAGGAAAAAGGAAAGCAGAUAUGCACUCUUUGUCCAAAUGUGUGUAUGUUUGUAUGUCCUCAAGAAGAAAAUUUCCAGAAUGGGGAUACUUCUAACUAGCAA